GUAUUGCAGUGCAUAAAUUGACUCGUUCCCCAACUCACAAAUAGUGGUCUGGUGAAAUCUGACACUAAGCUACUUGCUAACGCGCAUAGAGACAAGCACUGACAAAAUAAAAUAGUGCUCUUCUCUCGUGCAGCUACAAGGAUGUAAUCUGUACUAUUAUAACUGUUAAAAUGAGACCGCUGAACUCUUUUGGUUUCCUUCCAACAGAACACGACUCCUCCCAUUGGACCGACGCCUAGAAACAGGAAACGGAGCUGCGGCGCACCCAAGUGGUUUUCGUUUGAGUUGCAUGAUUAUCAUAUUGUAUUAAAAGCAGGGUUGAUUAAAUAGGAUAACAAUGAGCACGCCACAGGCUAUUGUUGGCAUCCGUCAUCCCCAUAGAAUGAAAGAGAUUCAACACAUGUCUGAAAAAUGGUGCAAAAGAACUAAAAAUUUGAUAAAUCCAUGGCCUGUUAUAGGAAGCUUUGACCCACAGAUUUGUGAAUUAAUGCAACAUCGCAUUGAAGAUUACAAAGCUGAAAAUAAUUCUAAGAAACGACAAAAGAAACGACAGCUUGAAUUGGAAAUUUUAAACUUAUUUAAAAUUAGCAAGCCAAUUAAACGAAAUGUCAAAACGAUUGUGUCUUUCACGGAUAGUCCAGGGGAAACUGGAAACUGUACUAACGCCGAACUUUUUUCCAAAUUUAACAGGAACGAUAAAAUUUGAUGGGGACUUUAAUCUUGAUGACCAGCAGAGCCUUCUAGGGGGACUGACUGAUGCUGGCGUACCCGGAAAUGUAAGUGAUAUCCAAAAUAGGUUAUCUGCUGCUUCAGGGCUCGCGGAGAAGGGACCUCCUACUGAUGCAUUGCCCCAACCAGACCCACCCAACUUCAAACAGCGGGGUGCGUCCUUACAGGGCACUGGGGAAGCACACGCCCAGGUAGGAAGGCAUUCAACCUCUAUACAUUCUCCUCGAGAAAAACAGGAAACUCCUCCCCAUCUGGACAUUCCAAAAUACUGUAGUACACAGCGACGUCAGUCUGGAAUCAUUAACUGUUACCAGGAUCGAACCGAACUGGCUCGGAAAGGUAAGACAGAUGAUAGCUUUUGGAUGAACUUAGGACCACGUCAGCAAGAUUUGCAACGUGAGUUGGGACGGAGCCAGAUAGUUGAGAUGGAACAGGAAAUAGAUGACUUAAAUGAGGAGGUGGAGGGGGCGACUUCAGGAGGCGGAGUUUCCAUGCCUGCAUGCUUACAGAAACCCGGCACGUCCACGGGGGUCCCUAGAGACGAAUAUGAUUUAAGAUACAGACCUAACAUCAGACCUCCUGACAGAUUGAAGGGGGGGGAGUUCCCAAUUCUGAUAAGGGGAACAAGGGCUGAUUAUCAUCCUUUUUCAGCUCGGGACCUGACAGGUUUGGUCUCAGAGCUCCCUCAAAUAUCCGCAGGAGGAGGCAAGUGGAUUAAGGCUUUGGAAUCAAACACGGCUGGAACAUUUCUUUCACUGGGUGACAUCAAAGCUGUCCUCGCUCAGGUUUUGGGGUUGUCUAAAAUGCAGCAGUUUUUCAGAGACAAUGAACUGGACUGGAUUUUGAGUGAAAGGGCAGAUGGAACAGAAUUAGCAGCCUAUAAGGGGGUGAUUUGGCAAGGAAUACGCAAACAGUACCCUAAUAAAAUUGAUGUUGAUGCUUUAAAAGGGGAACCUCUGAAGGACGACCAGAACCCAGCAGCAUACAUCGAUACACAGUUAAAAAGGUGGCGUCAAGAGUCUCAGAAAGAUGUGGAAAAUGAUCCUAUUUUGCUCACUCUUUUCAGAAAUGCAGUCAUCGAUUCAAUGCCAAAGGAUGUCAGCAGACGUUUGGAGGAUGUCGUUGGUCUAACAUCUAUGCCAGCGCAACAGUUCCGUGAUCAUGUGGUUCAUGCAGUAACCCGAUACAGGAAAGACCUAACUAAGACUUCUGAACAGGACCUCCAGAUUCAAAGGAAGCUGGCACAGAUGCAACUAAAUGAUUUGCAAGGCAAGCUGAAAGAAAAGGUUCAAGCUGUUGUGUUUACAGAUCUAGCUGCGGGACGGACUGCUGGAGUUCCUGAGUCAACACAGGCCGCUAGGGGUCCCCAGCCGUUCCGUCCUUCAUACUCAAGGCUUGGUACUCCCUCGUCUGGGGCGUGGCAGGGAUCCAACCGCUGCUGGUAUUGUGGCAUGUAUGGACAUUUUGCAAGGGCGUGCCCACGGCUUAUGCCCCUCCCAGCAGGUGGUCCUGGAAGAAACGGAGGCUUCCCUAGAAGAGGUGGAGGUGGACCCCUGGGUGGCCCACGACCAAGACCCUCUCAGUUUUAGGGGGGUCCCGAGGAUCCUGCGGGUAAAGGAAAAAGCGAACGAGCCAAAACCAGUCUCUGUGACAUCUGGUCCAGUGGUGCCCGGGGAUAAGGUGUACAUUAAGGAGUUUCGAAGAAAGUGGAACACUCCUAGACGCCGAGGUCCUUACACGGUGGUCCGUGCCACACCGACUGCGGUCCAGGUCGAAGGGAGCGUCGCUUGGCAUCAUCUGAACCAUUGUUCGUUGGCACCUACGACCAACAACUGCAAAACGGGCCCUGGGGACUGGUCGGACUGUACAGCGUUCUCAAAUGACCAGUCCCCCAAAAGGGGAAGUAUCGCCUCGCAUGCAUCUGACGAAGAUAGUCCUGUCAGGGCAGAUUCAGAGUUCCCGCCCGAUGAUGUUGUGGUUGACAUUCCUUUGGUUUCUUCUUCUGGGCGAGACAGGGAUCUCGGCAGGGACAAUUCAACCAAUCCGGACCCGAAGCAACAGUCACCACGUCGUCCCAUCACCAGGGCCUUCUCAAGGAAACAGAGGGGCAACUGCGCAACGAGGGAGCGACCUCAGUGACCAAGGGGAGUACGACUCACAUGCCAAAUGUCAUUAUCAGUCAGGUCUCUUGCCGGCAUGCACCCGCACACAUCUACACGCCACCCGUGACUCAGUAUUUCAGACAGAUGUUGCCCUUUUGGCACAACAUAGGCGGAAAGUAAGAUCAAUUAAGGAACUAGAUGUAGAGGGCCAUAACAUUCCAGUGAAUCCUGGGGUGGAUGAUAAAAGUGGUGCUCAGGGAGGUGAGGUUUUGGGGUCCAGGCUAGAACCUCUGGGCUCAGACUUAAGUGUUUAUGUUACCACAGCUGCUACUGCCAAGCAAUGGGGAGUUCACUUUGUAAAGGAGGGGCCCACUCCCCCUCUAGCUGUGGUUCCGGCCCUGGAGCCGGAUAAGGUUGGUCUUGAAGCAAUCAUUACUCCACGCCCACAGGCAGGAAUAGGUAACCAUCAGUCAGUACCAGGAGGACUGGGGUAUGAACACUUAGCACGUAUAACAUCCUUAAUGGUUGACCAGGUAUGGGCUGCUGCUUGGAACACACUGGAAGGUCUAUUGGAGAUUGGGAAGGUUGUAAGUUCUUACCAGACCACAGUUAAUACCCCUGUUGUGAAUAAAGUUGCUUUUACACCUGAACCGCAGCCCACCGUGGUUGCUGAUGGCCAACCAGACAGUGGGGUGGUUGAGUCAUUCACUCUUCCCCCUCUAGGGUUAGAUACUUUGGUAGAUAGUUAUCAUGAUAAAACAUUAGAGGGGGGGGAGGAUGUAAAGGGGCAACCGGAAGUACGAGGGUUUAGACCUAGUGAAGAUUACUUAUGGAAGGAAGCGAUGGCCAACACUUGGUAUCGCUGGGCUUGGCUGUCAGUAAAGGAAAUGACUUCGGAGGAAUGCAUAUGGUGCUCAAAGGCGCCUGGAGCCCCUCCGGUUGUUAUCCCAGACAAGUACAACUCUUGGGAGCAUGCUGGGAAGAGCGACUGGUCCCUUGAUUGGUUGGACCAGUUAAUGGCUGACUGGAAAAAUGUAUUGAUAAAGGUGGGAGUUGGGUCAGCUUUGGUUCUGAUCCUUCUUUUCUUGUUUGGCAUGUGCAUCGUUCCCGCCCUGAGGAGAGCAUGGAGUACGAGUCUCAAGAAACAGACAUCCUUCAUCAUGGCUGCCCAAUUGGUCCGUACUGAGUUGGACCUGUGACGUCUCAA